AUGAAUGAUUUUGUUGUGUACCUGGAUGACCCCAAACAACAACAACAACAACAACAACAGCAACUACAAGCAAAAACUGAUCAAACGCCUACAAAUAACUCAAACGGUCAAGAGAAAUCAGCGGAAAAGAACAGCACUAGCAACAACAUCGACAACAACAGUAAGUCAGGUAAUCCUCUGGAAAACAAAACUCUACUUGAAACAAAUGAAUCUGAUGAGGCGAAUCAAGGCGAAAAAUAUCGUCUAUUGACAAGUGAAGAUCUUAUUCAAUUAGAUGAAAAUAGCCCAAAAUGGAAACGUAUUCGAAUUGGCUUGUUAAUUGCUUUUUGGAUUAUUUGGUUUGGUUUAUUGAUUGGAACUAUUGUUUACGUGAUUGUUGGACCAAAAUGUGCAACUAUACCUAAAUUACCAUUUUGGAAAUCUACAGUUGGCUAUUGGGUUGAUGUAUUCGCUUUUAAAGAUACUACUGGUGAUCUUGUCGGUGAUUUAAACGGUUUUAUAUCUGAAGCUGAGUAUAUUAAAAAUGUGAUUGGUGCAGGAUAUGUUAUAUUAGGUCCUAUAACAAAAGGAUUCUAUAAUAAUAGGCAUAAAAUAUUUGGAUUAGUUGAAGAUUAUGAUGCAGUAGAUGAAACACUUGGUACAAUGGAUGAUUUUCGUCGACUAAUUAAACGAUUCCACAAGCUGGGUAUUAAAGUUAUUCUCACUUUCAAUUUCAAUGGAAUAUCUGUUGAGCAUAAAUGGAUUGCAGAGAAAAAAGCUAAACUGACAAAGUUACCAAGUAAUUUUGGAAAAGGAUAUUCCCGAUACGGACAAGAAUUAGGCGUAGACAUCGAGAAUGAGAAAUAUUAUUCCGUGUUUGGAUGGCCAAGUGUAGAUUUAGAUUUAACAGAUUCAAGUACUCAGAAGGCAAUAUUUGAUUCAAUUGGUCAUUGGAUGAGAGAAGGUAUUGAUGGAAUUCUCUUGGAUAAUUGUGCAUUUUUCAAUGAAAUUAUGGAAUCUACAGAAGGCACUAGGACUACCAAAAACGCUUGGUUUAGUGGCUAUCCUAAUCGUCAGUUAUUUGUAAAUACCAGUGUCAAUUUUGUUGGACAAGUUAAAAAGGAAAUCGAUUCAUGGUCUCAGAAAACUGGCAAAGAAAAGCUGUUAGCUGUAUCCGCCGGUGAUGUUGGCUAUGGUACAAUGGAUGGACCUGAUUCAAUGCUUAUGUUUAGAGAUGUAGCCGACUUAAUAAUGAAUCGAGAAUUUGUUACCAACAAAGGUUGGAAAACUGGAAACCCACGGAAUAACUUGAAUUUAACAAAUUAUUUAUCGUAUACAAAUGAUGAUAUGAUGAGAUCAGGAUUAUCCACAGCCAAUCCAUCUGAACCAUUGAGCUGGAAUUUGCUUGAUUUAGCGGCAACAUUCUUACUACCAGGAUCACCAGUAGUCUAUUAUGGGACUGAACUGGGUAUCGCUAAUUCCCAUCUACGUUACAGGCCUGAUUCAUUCUAUCCCAAAGACAGACAACUCUAUCUAUCUCCUAACGAUGUAUCCCUACUCGCACAUUUACCGAUGCCAUGGAAUUCUAAUGGGAAAAUGUUUUCAGAGGCAAUAAACGACACUAGCUUUGCUGAUCAUUUGAGGAAUUAUCAAAUCACCAACACUGUUGAAAGUUAUCUCGCUGAAGGACAUGGUGAAUCAGUACUGAGCUUCAUCAACAAUCUUGUAGCUCUGUACACAUCUUCCAGCUUGAAAUGGGCAACUGUGGAACCAAUACCUUAUCCUCCCCAAUAUUCUCAAGCUAUAUUUGGAUUGUUCGCUCGCAAGGCAAAAGAUUUUCCAACGCUGAUUGUGGCCAUAAUGAAGCCACUAACAUCUGAAUACGUAAUACUGGACUUCACGUCUAUGUGUUCAACACUUACUCCACGAAUUGUUUUUCCCUCAAAUGGUUAUCUACUAGUUAAUACCACACUGCCAAGUGCUAAGAUCUAUGUUGGAGAAUAUGUGACUAGUGGUCAAAUCUUCGUGUUUCAGUGUAAUUGA